UAUAAUCACUUCCGUGAUAAACAAACCCCAGGCGGCAUGUAUUCACCGUAUUGCAACUGAAUUUUGUCUGUUUAAGAAUGGAAAAGGAAAUAGAAGCAUUGAAGUUACAACUCCAACUUAAAGAGAAAGAGAACAGGAGAUUAAAAGAACUCCUGAAAAUUCCAGAUCCUGACACUUGCAUAUCUCAUGAAAGACCAGAAUUAAGAACAUGUCUGACGAAUGCAGAAAUUGGUAGAUACAGCAGGCAGUUAAUCUUACCUGAGAUUGGAGUUCAAGGGCAGUUGAAGUUGGCUGGUACCUCUGUGCUGGUGGUCGGUGCCGGGGGCUUGGGCUGUCCUGCUGGGAUUUACCUCGCAGCAGCUGGAGUGGGAAGAAUUGGAAUCGUAGACUAUGAUGAGGUGGAGCUGUCAAAUUUACAUCGUCAGAUUCUUCACUCGGAGGGGAAAGUGGGCAUGGCUAAAUCUUCCUCAGCAGCUUCAGCAUGUACUCAGCUCAAUUCCCUUGUGCAAUGUGUGCCCUACCGCAUACAGCUUGACAGCUCUAAUGCUCUGCAGAUCAUUAAGCUAUAUGACAUUGUUUUGGAUGCCAGCGAUAACGUGGCCACACGGUACCUGCUGAACGAUGCCUGCAUACUGUCUCAGAAACCGCUGGUGUCGGGUAGUGCCCUCCGAUUUGAAGGACAGCUGACGGUAUAUGGUUACAAAGAUGGGCCUUGCUACAGAUGCCUUUACCCCAAGCCCCCUCCCCCAGAAACGGUCACAAACUGUUCUGAUGGUGGGGUUCUAGGAGUCAUACCAGGGAUCAUCGGAAGCAUGCAGGCGCUGGAGGCCAUUAAAAUAGCCUGUGGAAUGGAGUCCUCAUUUUGCCAAAAAAUGCUUUUGUUUGACGGUCAAGAAGGGAUCUUUAGAACCAUCAAACUGCGACCAAAACAGCCCAAAUGCAGAGUUUGUGGGGACUCACCAGAUAUCACAGAAUUGAUUGAUUAUCAGCAGUUUUGUGGGUCACGGGCAGACGAUAAGGAAAAGUCAUUGAACCUGCUUGGAAAAGAGGAGCGAAUAAGCGUACAGGAAUAUAAACAGAUUCUGGACAAUGGACAAAAGCAUGUGUUAAUUGACGUGAGAAUGCAGGUGGAAAUGGAGAUAUGUCAGCUGCCCACUGAUAAUUUCAAUUUGCCUGUGAGUUGUGUGGACAGAGACGAUAGUCUAGCUAGCCUGAAGGACCACAUCCAAACAAAAUCAGCUGGGGACGAGGACCUUCCCGUUUACGUCGUGUGCAGACGAGGAAAUGAUUCACAGGUUGCUGUCCAGAAACUUAAAAACCAUUUAAAAUCUUACUCCAUUCAGUUAAAAGACAUUACUGGUGGACUUUAUGCUUGGGCAAAACAUAUAGACACAAACUUUCCAGUGUAUUGAUUAAAGUGAGAAAAACAAAAACUAAAAACACCAACGCAAUUGGCUCAAGCUU